AAUGGUCGGCGAAUGUGCCGCGGUCAUGGAGUUUUCAGCAACUUAGUGAUUAUUCUUUUGACAAAGACAGCUCAAAAUUUAUAAUUAUUAAUAAUAUUUAAAUUAUCUAAACCGGCUAAACGUGUCGACAAAUUAUUCAUCAACAAAUAACAAAAUUAAAAAGUAUAAAUAUUAUCAAAAAUAUUGUCUAUUGUUUUGGUGUUUGUUAAGUGUUUGUGGAAAAAAAAAAAAAAAAAAAGAAAAAUCAUAUUAUUGAUGAAAAUAAUAAGUGGUGUUUUUAUUUUCAUAAUAAUAAUACAUUUGACAUGUUAAUAAAUAUUAACAAUCAUCAAAAUAAAUAAUUUAUUAAUACUAAUUAAUUAAUCAACAAGUGCCAGGUUUUAAUUGUUUUAUUUUUUUACAUUCAAUUAUUGUCAGAUAUACAAUAACACACUUAUAAUUUCAAGAAAGUGUUGGAACGAAAAAAAAAAUAAUAAAAAAAACAGAGGCCAAGAUGAUUUUAUGGACCUCACCCUGAUUUCUCUCAGCAAUGCGAACAGCAGAGAAUCGUGCCACUUUCCGUUUGGCCAGAAAAUCGAUAGAGAUUUUAAAAAUGUUUAUGUGACAAAGCUGAUGAUUUAUCAAGAGUCAUAACAAGUGGCUCAAUAUAUUUCGAUAAAAAGUAAUAGAACAAUUUAUGGUUUAAUUGUGAAUGUGGAGUACUAUAUCGCGUCUCUUCGUCGCGAAAUCAAGAUCGUCGACGAAGACACUUGAACAAGUUGAUAAUAAUUGUGUUGAUAAUAUAAAUAAAUUAUCAUUUGUUAAUAAUUAUUAUAACGAGGAUAGAGAUAUUAAUAAUUUGACACAAGAUCAUACCAAUCUGGCUGUCCAUGUUUUCGAUUCAAUGGAUCGUAACAUGGGAGAUGACAGACGAAGGGAUUCGAAACAAUCAGCAACUGAUGCCAAUGAAACACGUCAGGCGAAACAACGUGCCUCCGUAAAAUGGCUUUUAUCAAAAGCAUUCAACAACCGAGUACCAGACAACCUCCAUGAGCCUUAUUAUCGAGAUCAUGAGGACCAAGAACAUCUCAAGCCUCAAAUAGUUCAAUCAUUAUCAAAUGCUGAGCUAUAUUGUUUAGCAUUAGCAAAUAUAUAUUCAGAUCCAAAUUAUCAUAAUCAAAAUCAUUGGGGUAUAUUACAAGCACUUGCACGUAAAGGUGUUUAUGUAUCUGAUCCAAAUAAUACAACAUUAACUGAAACAAUACUUAUACAAAAUUCACCAUUAAAAAUGUCAGCACAUAUGGCUGUGAUAGAAGGACUUAUGGUAUUAUAUGCUAAAGAAGUUGUAACAAGUGAUCGUGUUGUUGCUGCUAUUAAAAGAUUUAAUCCACAAGCUCAUAUUGAUAUACCAAAUGAUCAUGAAAAAGGUUUAUUAUUAUGGAUAAGUCAUGCAUCAAAUGCACUUAUUAUUAAAAUUAAACAAAAUAAUGAUGAUGAUGAUAAUGAUACAAUUAUUGAUGAACAUAAAAAAUUACCAGAAUUACCAGAUACUAAAGAUUUUCAAUCAUUAUGUGAUGGUGUUGGUCUUGCUGCUGUUAUUGCAUUUUAUUGUCCAAAUGAACUUAAUUGGAAAAAUAUUAAAGUAUCUAAAAGACCAUCUGUUGCUGAUGCAUUACAUAAUUUAUCACUUGUUCAUAGUUUUUGUAUGAGAUGUUUACCAUAUUCAAUAUUUCAUAUGCAACCAGAAGAUGUUACCUACAUGAGAGGAUCUAUGAAACAAAAUUUAGUUGUUUUUUUGGCUGAUAUGUAUAAUGUCUUAGAAAUUCAUCCAGUUAAAUGUGUACGUUAUCCUGGUGGUGAAAGAGCAAUGCAAUAUCUUGAUGCUUGUCCUCGUAAUAGUCACGGGGUAGCACAUAAAAGAAGUCUACCACAAUCUAUUACACCAAUACCUGAUCUAAGAAGCAACCUAUCUGUAUCAGCUCCAGGCUUCACAGUUGCAAAAACGUCAGCUCCAAUAUCUGUUAGAAAAUCUCAAUCUUUACAUCAAACUGCUGAGAGUCAUUCAUAUGAUGACAGACGUGGUGGAUCUGAAGAAAAUUUUGUAAUUCAUCGUAAUAAAGGUAUACCAACAUUGAGCUCAGUGACUGAUGAUAAAUUAAUAAAAUUUGAAGCUGCUGGAAGACCAAGUAAUUGGGAAGAUCAAAGAAGAAGUUCAUAUGCUGGUAGACGUUCAAGACGUAAUAGUGUUACAGAUGAUUCACAAUUAACAAUUGAAAAUUUUGGUGGUUCACAAGAUAAUUUACAAAAUUUUGGUUGUAUUAGAAAUCCAGAUAAAGAAAUGGUUGUACAUAGUGGUAAACGUGUUGCUAUUGAACCAACAAUACCAAUACGUACAAUGAUGCAAGAUGUUUAUGGUAGUGAUGUACAAAAUAUACUUGCUGAUAAUGGUUAUAGUAAUGAUGAACCAACAAAAACACCUAGACUAAGACGACAAAUGUCAAAUACAAAUAUUAAUAAUUCAUCAACACCAAUUAAAAAUAUAUUACAUUCCAUUGAUAAUGAUGAUAAUAAUAAUGAUGACAUUGAUGAUGAUAAUAAAGUUAAAAAAAUGGCUAGUUUUGCAACAUAUGGAAAACAAAAUACUGAUAACAAUAGUAAUUUUAAAUUAGUUGAAAGAAAUAAAGAUGACAGUAUUGCAAAUAAAAGUAAUUUUACAAUUAAUAAACAUGAACAAAGUAAUGGUAAUGGUAUUGGUAAUAAUGAAAAAAAAACAACAUUUGCAACAUUAUCAAAUACAACAACAUGGCAACAACAAUAUGCACAACAAUCACAACAAUUAGAACAAAAUACAAAAGUUGAAAAUGGUGGUAGUAGUGUUGAACCAUCACAAUCAAAUGAUAUUAAAUUACAAUUAGAAGAAAGAAAACGUCGUAUUGCAAAUGAAAAAAGAAAAGCUGCUGUUGAAAAAACAAAUAUACGACAAGAUGUUCAUAAAACAGCAUUUUUACAAGCUGUUACUAAGGGUAAAGUUAAAUCACCCUCAUCAUCAACAUCCGGCGGUGACAGUCCCGUGGAGCAUGCUCCCCCUACUCCAAUGUCCUCUUCUGGUGGUGGUGGUGGUGGUGGUGGUGUUGAUAAAUCUUCAAGUAUUAACUCAACAUUAACUCAUCCACAACAGACUGUUCAAGAUAAACCACAACGUCCUUUCUCAUUGAAGGAAAGUGGUGAAGAUGUUAGAGACAUUGAAAACAAGUGGCGUGAUCAAGAUGGUACAGUGCCAUUUAUUGAAACUCGUCGAACACCAGACAUUGAAAAUAUGGAUCGUGAACAGUAUCAUCAAUCAAUAACCCAUAGAAAUUAUUUGAGUGAUAUGCAAGCUGAAAUAAAACGUCUUGCAACACAACAAAAUCAAAUACAACAACAACAUAUUAUGACACAACAUCAACAACAAAUGCAACAACAAUUACAACAACAAAUACAAAUACAAAGUUUAAAUCAACAACAUAUGCAAAAUUAUACAUUACCACCACAAGUUAAUUCAAUGACACAAAGAUUACCAGAUAAUCAUCAAGGACAAUUUUAUCUUCAUGAUCAACCAGCACAAAUACAAAGAAGAACAUGGGCAAGACCACCAAGUCAAAAUAAUGAUAUGACACAAAUUAAUUUUCAACAAUCAAUGGAUCCAAGAUUUGCACCACAACCAGUUUAUCAACAAGAUCCAAGAAAUAUUUAUCAAGAUACAAGAACUUGGGGUUCACCAAUAACACCACAAAAAGGUUUUGUACUUCAUGAUAAUAUUCAAGAUCAAAGAUAUUUAAAUGGUGGUGGUGUUAGUGGUGGUGAACAUAGUCUUCAAAAUAAUCAAAUACAUCAUUCACAAAAUUAUCCAGUAUCUGGUAAUAUUUAUCAAUCAACUGCAACAUCUGCUAGUCCUCAACAUCGUAAUGCUGUACAUCGAAUAAGUCAAUUGAUAAAUGAAAGUCCAGAAGUUAAAAAACAAAGUAUAGUACAUCAUAUACCAAUAACAUGUGAUAAUACAAUUGAUAAACGUCAUAAUAAUGCACAAAUACAUACAUCAGUACCGGCACCACCAGUUGAUGAUAUGGAACCACAAAAUAUAUCAUUUAUUGGUAAUGAUGAUGAUGCUGUAUCACAAGGUAUACGUCAUCUUAAUAUAACAUCUGGUAGUAGAACAUAUAGAAUACCAUCACCAACAAAACCAACAUCAACAACACCAACAAUAUCACGUAAUUCAUUUCAACCACAUGGUGGAACAUUACGUGAAUCAGUAUCACCAUUACCACCAGUUGAAAUAAAACCACUUGAUCAAACAAAUGAAACAAAUGAAAAAGGUUUUUAUAUAUCAUUUGAUAGUGAUACACCUAAAAAACCAAAACCAACAUUACGUGUUAAACGUUCACCUAAAAAAGAACGUACUGUAUCAUCAUUUAUUGAAAAUGAAGAUUUUACAAGACGUCCAGAAUCACCACCAAUAAAUAGUGCUGAAAGACAACGACAUAUUGAAGCACAAAGAGAUCUUGAAAGAGAACGUCAACGUCAAGCUGAUGAACGUGAACAACAACGUCAAGAUAUGCGUGAUAGAGAAUUACAAAGAGAAAUAAUAAAAGAACGUCAACAACGUGAAGGAACAACAGCAACAACAACAACAACAACAAAUGAUGAAAAUCGUACAUCUGGUGUUGGUCUUGUUAUUGGUAAUCAAUUAUCAAAUUUAGAUCCAAAUUCAAUUGAUGAAAUGGAACGUAAAAAAGAAAAAAUAAUGAUGUUAUCAUUACAACGUAGACAACAACAAGAAGAACUUAAAGAAAGAAAAGAAGCUGAAAUACAAGCAAGAAGAGAUAAAGAAAAAAUGAAAGAAGAAGAACGUGCUAGAAAAAAAGAAGAAGAUCGUCAAAGACGUGCUAUUAUAUUAGAACAACAUAAAUUAAAAAAAGCUAUUGAAGAAGCUGAACGUGAAGGCAAAGUUAUUGAUAAAGAACUUCUUAAUGCCAUAAAACCAACUCCAAAGUUACGUAAUAAGACUGUAUCAGCUCGUCAAAGACCAAAAACAAUUCAUGUUGAUCAUAGUUCUGAAUUAGACUCUGGUACUUUAACACCAAGUCGUGGAAAAAAAGGUUCAUCAUCAAAUCUCAGUACUGCGUCGCUGACAUCACCAACGAUGAAACGUGAUUAUUUUCGAGGCUCACAGGAUACACUUAUAUCUGCUCAUAGUGAUGAUCGACGUGGUGGACCCUUUUACAGGGGUGGCAGUCUCAAGGUAUCUUCAGUAGAUUCACCAGAUGAUGGUAGAGGUUGUUCCCCGUAUCGUAGUACAACACAACUUGGACGACGUGGAUCAUACAAAACAUCAAGAGAUUCACAGGAGCCUCAGCAACAGGUUAGAGGCAGGACAAAAUACCCGACUUACCAAAACUUUAAAGGAAGAAAAUCAAAUUCGUUGAUGAAUUUGUGUGCAGAUACAGACAGUGGUUUGGGUCGUGCAACACCACCAAGAAGAGCACCAAGUCCUGGUAUGGGUAGCACAAAACAUUUACCAUCACCAUCUGGUCCUGGAUCAUUACCACCUGGUCUUAUGUCGAAAAGAAAAUUCGAUGAUGGUAGCAGUGAUAUUAGUAGUACUGCUAGUUCAAUGAUGGAUUACAAUGGUCCUCGAUUGUAUAAACAACCAACGACAAAAUCAAAUCGUGGAAUAAUGUUAAAUGCUGUUGAAUAUUGUGUUUUUCCUGGUUCAGUUAAUAAAGAUGCUAAAAGACGUGUACUUGAUGAAAUUGCUAGAUCAGAAAGUAAACAUUUUUUGAUAUUAUUUCGUGAUGCUGGAUGUCAAUUUAGAGCACUUUAUUCAUAUUGUCCUGAUGGUGAAGAAAUAACAAAACUAUGUGGUACUGGACCAAAACAAGUACUUGAUAAUAUGUUUGAUAGAUUUUUCAAAUAUAAUUCAGGUGGUAAAUGUUUUUCUCAAGUACAUACUAAACAUUUAACAGUGACAAUUGAUGCAUUCACGAUACACAAUAGUCUUUGGCAAGGAAAAAAAGUUAAUUUACCAAACAAAAAAGACAUGGCUCUUGUCAUUUAGGUUUAAUUAAAUUUACCAUCAUUAUUAUAAACAAAUAAUCAUUAUAAUGAGCCCUCUGUUGAUUAUAGUUACUUCAUAUUUUAAUACAAAAAAAAAAAAAUUAAAAAAAAAAACAAAAAAAGAAAAUAGUAUUCAGUUAAACAUGUUUUUUUUUAAAUUUCAUUUCUCAAUUUUAGUUGCUAUUUUUUAUUUUUUUUUUUAAAUUUUCAAAAAUGAUUAUUAAUAUUUUUAUUAUUAACAAAUAUCAAAUGAUUAUUUUGAUAAUAUAACUGGCUUCCAAACGAUUUUUUUAAAGUCGGUUUAUAAAAUUUAAAUUAGACUGUUAAUUCUAAUGUUUUUUAUUAAAAAAAAGAAAAAUCAUACACUCAUUAUUAUUUAAAUAAUUGUCUUGAUAUUUAUUAUUUUAUUUUUCAUAUUUGGAAUUGACAGUCAUUUUAUUUGCCUAAUUUUAAACUGUUGACAGUUUGGAAUAUUUAAAAAUUAGCUAGAUAAUUAUUUGAAAGAAAAAAAAAAUUGAAAAAUUAAACUAAAUGAUUUGAAAAAUUUAAAGAGUUUUGAUUGUUGAGAGAUUGUGUAUGAGCAGUUCAUGGACAUAAACUAGUUUUGUAAAUAAAUAAGUUAAUUGCAGUUAGUAUCGAAAAAAAAAAAUAAUACCAAAUCAAGCCUUACAGUCAAUCUGGGCGAUAAAUGAUUAUUCUUCUUUUUCUUCUUUUUUUUUGACUUAUUAUUACUAUUAUUUAAUAUUUAUAUAUAUCUUUUUUGUCAUUUUUUUUUUUAAAUUCAAAUUUUAUAAGGUAAUGCGUAACAAUUUUGUCAAAUGGAACAUACAUACUUGAAGAUAAAAAACAUUUUAAAAUUUAUAACUAAGAUUGUAAAAACAAAAAAUAAUAUUUUAAACUUUAUUUAAUCAUGCAAGUGAUUGACGUAGAGUUGGUAUUUUUAAAUUUGACAAAGUGAUUGAUACUAAACGUGUGCCAUAAAGUUAUAAAAUUUAAAUCACUUGCAUUGUCAAAUUUUUAAUAAUUGAUAUAAUCAUAUUAUUAUAUAAUAUUAACAUAUCCAUUUAUUUUUUAUUUUAUUCAGAAUUGAUGAUAACUUUUAGAUAAACAAAAAAAUAAUUAUAAAUAUUAUGCACGUUCAUUUUUGGCUUACAAUUUAAAAGAAAAUAAUGUAGUAAUUUUAGUAGCUCAUUGUUGAUAAAAUAAUAAACAUAAAAUACACUCCAAUAUGACAAUAUUGUUAACGCAAAAAGAAAAAAAAAAAUGCCAUAAAUAAAUAAAAAAAAAAAAGAAGAUAAGAUUUAAAAAAAAAAGAGGUAAAAUCAUGACUUUGAAAAAGCGCAUUAUCCAU